AUGGGAGACUGGUCAAUCCUCGGACGCUUCCUCACCGAGGUGCAGAACCACUCGACGGUCAUCGGCAAGAUCUGGCUGACCAUGCUGCUGAUCUUCCGCAUCCUGCUGGUGACGCUGGUGGGCGACGCGGUCUACAGCGACGAGCAGUCCAAGUUCACCUGCAACACGCUGCAGCCCGGCUGCAACAACGUCUGCUAUGACACCUUCGCGCCCGUCUCGCACCUGCGCUUCUGGGUCUUCCAGAUCGUCCUGGUCUCCACGCCGUCCAUCUUCUACAUCGUCUACGUGCUGCACAAGAUCGCCAAGGACGAGAAGCUGGAGCUGGAGACGGUGCAGGUGCAGGUGCAGCAGGGCAAGCGUCCGGUCGGGGACUACCUGGGCCAGACGGAGAGGGGCGAGGGUCAGGGGGGUCAGCACUACGAGGAGGACUGGGGCCCGCCGCAGGAGGACGAGUUUGUGGGGCAGAGCCUACUGGACGAGGACUACCGGGAGGUGGGCAAGGACCCCACGCAGCUGUCCAGCCAGGUCCUGCUCACGUACAUCGUCCACGUGGUGCUGCGCUCGGUCAUGGAGAUCACCUUCCUGGUGGGCCAGUACUACCUGUUCGGCUUCGAGGUGCCGCACCUGUUCCGCUGCGAGACCUACCCGUGCCCGACGCGCACCGACUGCUUCGUGUCGCGCGCCACCGAGAAGACCAUCUUCCUCAACUUCAUGUUCAGCAUCAGCCUGGGCUGCUUCCUGCUCAACAUCGUGGAGCUGCACUACCUGGGCUGGGUCUACAUCUUCCGCGUGCUCUGCUCCGCCUGCUCCGUGUGCUGCCGCCGGCCCGAGAGGGACCCCGCCGAGCGCAUGGGCCUCUACGCCCACGACCACCACAACCCCCUGCUGCUGCAGCUCAAGCACUCGCUGCGCGGACACCUCAUCCUGCAGAGCCCGGCGCCCGGCGGACAGGAGAAGGUCGGGGGCGGGGGCGGACUGCUCGCCCACGCGCCGGCCAUCUCCUUCGAGACGGACUCCACGGUGGAGUGCACGUCCAAGCGGAGCCCGGAGGACAGGGAGCGCAUGAGGGUCAAGCUGGCCAACAUGGCCAAGCUGGGCCGGACCAAGAAGUCCUGGCUAUGA